UAGGCAAAAGAAAUGAAAUUCAAAUUCAAAUGAGACGAGAUGAAAUGCAACGGCAGCUCCUUCCGAGAAAGAAAGUGCACUUUAGUGCUUGAAAAGUCUUUGGUUUAUCACACCAUCGUUUGACGCUGUUGUCCUGGAAAUAAGAACUUGGGUUUCCUCUCCGCUCAGUACACUUUGUUUCAAACCAUCUUCGCACUCUUGUUUAAUCCUCUGCCGCUCACGAACCAAGCCAUGCCCCUCGCGGAGCUCUUUCUUGGCGCUUUUCUCCAGGUGCUGUUUGAUAGGUUGGCCUCUCGCGAGCUUCUCUACUUUGCGCAGUGCGAGGGUAUCGAUACGCUGCUGAAGAAAUGGGAGAAGAUGCUAAUCAGUAUCAACCAAGUGCUGGAUGAUGCAGAGGACAGGCAACUGAUUGGCGAUCUUGGGGUGAAGUUGUGGCUCGAAGAUCUCAGGAACUUGGCCUACGAUAUCGAAGACUUGCUAGACGAGUUCGCCGCAGAAUCUGCAAAAAACAAGUCCAAGGCAGAACCCGAUACUAGCAAGGCGCGUUCCCUUCUUCCGAGUUGUUGCUUCAGAUCGAGCCCAAGAGCAUUUAUGUUCGACCGCAAAAUGAGAUCCACGAUAGAAGAGAUGGAUCGCAGAUUAAAGGAUGUCAUCACUCAAAAAGAUACUCUAAACUUGAGAGAGACUAACGGGAAUCGAUCAGCAGACCGUCGACAGGAUAAGCCGCUUCCCACCACCUAUUUGCCCGAGCCUGGUUUCGUUAGUAGGGAGGAUGAAAAAAGGGAGAUCCUCAAAUUACUGACAGGAGAAGAGGAUGAUAGAACAUAUGCGGAUCUAAAAGUGAUUCGCAUCGUGGGGAUGGGGGGUGUUGGGAAGACAGCUCUGGCUCAGCAAGUCUAUAAUGAUGCUAGAGUCACCGGUUAUUUCGAUGUGAAAGCAUGGGCUUGCGUUUCUGAUAAUUUCGACGUGCUUGCUAUUACAAAGACAAUCCUAGAGACAAUCAAUGGCCAUUUGUCUUGUGAAGGUAAGGACCUGAAUUGGCUUCAAGAUAAGCUCAAGGAAAACCUUUCGAGGGAGAAGUUUCUUGUUGUUUUAGACGAUGUUUGGAACGAGAAUUAUGGAAACUGGACUACCCUCUUGAAGCCUUUUCAAUCGGGAGCGAAGGGAAGCAAGAUUAUCAUCACGACUCGUAAUCUCCAAGUUGCUGAAAUAGCCGGUGCUCCACCAUAUACUUUGAAAGAGUUGUCACAAGAUGCUUGUAUCACUUUGUUUGCAUUUCAUGCUCUAGGAGUCGGAAAUUUCGAUUGUCAUCCCCAUCUUGAAGAAUUAGGUCGAAAAAUAGUAGGAAAAUGCAAAGGGUUGCCAUUAGCAACGAAGACAUUGGCCGGGCUAUUACGCACCAAAGUUGGUCCCCAUGAAUGGGAAGCUAUAUUGAACAGCAAAAUUUGGGACCUACCAAAAGAAAGUAAUGACAUCCUUCCGGCUUUGAAACUUAGCUACCUCCAUCUUCCUUUGAAUCUAAGGAGAUGUUUUGCUUACUGUGCUAUAUUUCCCAAUGACUACGAAAUCGAACGGGAUGAGUUGAUUCACUGGUGGAUUGCAGAGGGCUUGUUGGAGGGAAAAGAAGGAAAGAACUGUUGGAAUACAGGUUUGAAAUUUUUCAAUGAGCUAGUAUCUAGAUCGUUACUUCAAAAGUCGAGUAGAAGUGAAUCACGAUUCUUGAUGCAUGAUCUUGUGAAUGACUUGGCAAAGCUAGUUGCAGGUGCAACCCAUUUUAACUCAGAGGAGUUUAAGUUCGAAGGUAAUCAACAUACUGCAUCUUUAGCUCGUCAUGCCUCAUUUAUAUCCAACGAUCACAUUGUGUCAGAAAGACUCAAAAUAUAUCAUGGAAUGAAGGGACUUAGGAGUUUCAUAUCGUUAGAUAAGCAUAAGCAAUAUAGUAGUUUAUUUUUGUCUCAGAAAGUGCUAUGUGACUUGUUAUCUGGAUUGAAGUACUUGAGGGUGCUUUCAUUAAGUGGCUACUGUAUAACAGAGGUACCGGAUUGCAUUGGCAAACUAAGGCACUUAAGGCACCUUAAUCUGUCACAUACUUAUAUUAGAACGCUUCCAAAGUCAAUUAUUGCAUUGUACAACCUAGAGGCUUUGAUGUUGCGGAACUGUCUAUUUCUUAUUGAAUUACCAAAAGGUAUGGAGAAACUGAUUAAUCUGAGAUUUCUUGACAUUACCAACACUCCGAGCCUAAGAGCAAUACCGCUAUAUAUAGGUAAUAUGGUGGGUCUUGAGAUGUUGACCGAAUUUGUAGUGGCAAUAGGAGAUGGCUCGAGGUUGAAGGAGUUAAAAAACUUAGAGAACCUUCGAGGGGAAUUGUGCAUCUCUAGUUUGCAUAAGGUUCGAGAAGCCGAAGAUGCCAAAGAUGCCAAUUUACACACCAAGGAGGGAAUAUACCGGUUGAACAUGCAAUGGAGUACGAAUUUUGAAAAUUCCCGGAAUGAAGAACUUGAAGCAGAAGUCUUGGACUUUCUUUGCCCUCACAAAAAGCUUGCAAAUUUUGAAAUAUCCUACUAUGGUGGCCUAGAAUUUCCGUCAUGGUUAGGAAGUCCCCCACAUGUUAACAUAGUGCAUUUACGUUUACAUGGGUGUCAUAAGGCCAAAGCAUUACCAUCACUUGGGCAGCUAUCUUUGCUGAAAGAAUUGUACAUCGAAGGUCUAUAUGCGAUAUGCACGGUAGGGUUUGAAUUUUAUGGAACUAAAAGUCCUUUUCCGUCCUUAAUUACUUUGGUGUUCGAGGACAUGCCAUUGUGGGAGGAUUGGUCUCAUCGCGUCCACACCGAAGAAGUAGGAGUAUUAUUCCCUUGUCUUGAGCAUCUCGCCAUUAAGUAUUGCCCUAUGUUGAUGGGAAGAUUGCCUAGUCAACUAAGCUCCCUCAUAACGCUUGAAAUCAAAUCUUGUCCUCGUAUGGAUGCCUCGCCCUCUAUCACGAGCCUUCCAUCUCUCAAUGAAUUAAACUUUGGAGGUUGUAAUGAGGGGGUGCUGAAGAGUUUCGUAAACCUGACAUCUCUAACCGCUCUUGCCAUUGAAAAUGUUGCUGAAUUAACUUGCUUAAAUCAUGGGUUCACAAGCUCCUUGAUCAAGCUAGAGAAGUUGGAGAUGCGGAAUUGUAACGAGUUAAUAUACUUGUGGCAAGAUAGAGAUGUCAUCCGAAAUCUCGCUUGCCUGAAGAACUUAGUCAUCGAUAGAUGUCCGAAAUUCAUAUAUUUUGUGGCUCGAGAAGGAGAUAUGGAGCUGCCCGACAAUCUCGAGACUAUUGAAUUGACAUUUUGUGUCAAUUUAGAGAAGCUCCCAAGCAAGAUGCACACCCUCGCCUCUCUUAGAGACUUAAGAGUCGAUAACUGUCAAAAACUCGUGUCCUUCCCCGAAACAGGUAUACCACCAUCGGUGAUAUCAUUAAACGUUAGAGGUUGCAAUAUGUUACAAUCUUUACCCAGAGGAUUAAGUAUUCAUCCGGAUGAACCAAGCACUGGCAACAGUAGCAAUAGCAAUAACUGCAUUGACAUGACGUCUUGUCUGCAAGAAUUAUCAAUCCGCGAAUGCAAUUCUCUGCCAGCCUCUCUAUUCAGCGAGGGUAGAUUUUUACCUGCGACCCUCGAGACACUUAGGAUUUCUUACUGCAAUGGAGUGGAGUCGCUCGCGGAGAUAAAUAUAGACCGUCUUCAGUCGCUUCAAGAGAUUGAAAUUAGGGAUUGCGAGAAUUUGAGAAGUUUACCUCCGUGCCUGCACGCACUGUCCCAUCUCACUUCCUUGGCAUUGGUCAAGUGUCCUGCAUUGGAGCUAGAGUGCUUCCCUCUUCUUCCUCUCAGCAUCUCGAGAUUUUCUCUUAAGGAGUGUCCAAAGAUAAAAUCGUUACCUAAUCAGUUGUAUCGACUUCCAUAUCUCUGUGAACUGGCAAUUUCAGAGUGUGAGAGUAUUACGUGCUUCCCCGAUAGAGGAUUGCCGCCCCAGCUGCAGGAACUUACGGUAUGGAAAUGUGGGAAUAUGAAGCAGCCGGUGAGGGAGUGGCUUACCCCCCUCACCUCCCUUCAAUUUCUCUGGAUAGAAGGCAAUGCCGGAGGAGCGGGAGAGGAGAAGGAUCUUCGGCUUCCGCUCCCUUCCUCUCUGCUCCAUCUCCGUAUGUAUGACAUGAGGAAGGUGGAAAGACUGGCCAGCAGUCUCCCUCCCUCUCUCCAGAGCUUAUGGAUCGAUAAUUGCCCGAAGCUGAGGGAGUUGCCCCAGGAUGGCCUCCCUCCCUCCCUUGAAUGGCUCUGGAUCAGGGGAUGUGGGAUUCUGGAGGAGCGAUGCAAGAAAGGGACCGGCCGCUAUUGGCCCCUCAUCCGCGAAAUCCCGCGGGUCAGAUUGAGCCGUGACCCAUUCCGGUCAAUUACUUAAAAGGAGGAUUCAGACUCGAAUGCUAUUAUAUGCGGGGAAGAGAUAGGGGGGGUUUUUAAUAUUAUCUGAGCUUUGACUUUUUUU